AUGUGGGGGCGGAGAUUCGGAUCGUCCCAGCCACCGUCUCGCCGCCACUCCCAGUUCCAACUUUUAAUCUUGGACAGAUUCUUUCGUUUAAACAUCAUGCCGAGAUUUGUUUGGCUUGAUUGCGAUCCUGGACACGACGAUGCUACGGCAAUCUUGUUGGCUGUACAUUCUCCAGGUAUACAGCUGUUAGGUAUUUCAACGGUGCACGGAAACGCAGAUGCCGAAAACACUAACAACAAUGCUGCACGGUGCCUGCACGCCUUUAACGCUCCGAAGGACAUUCGUGUAUGUCCUGGGGCCACAAAGCCGUUGCUCCGACCAGCACGACACGAUCCUGAGAUUCAUGGGAUCGACGGCCUUGGGGGCGUAAUUGGAUUACCUUCCGUUCAAUCCGCAGAAGUCCGAGAACGUCUUGACGCCCAUGGUGCUCCAAUACGUGCACUCGAAGGCAUGGCGGAAGCCAUUCGUACCACCUGGAAGCAAGGUGUCGGUAAUAAAGUGACUGUUGUGUCUUCUGGACCCAUGACGAACAUCGCUCUUUUUGUGAGUGUAUAUCCUGACCUACUAGAUGGCAUAGAUGAAUUUGUGUUUAUGGGUGGUGGUGUCGGUCUGGGAAAUCGUUCUCCUUCUGCCGAGUUCAAUAUCCUCUGUGAUCCUGAGGCCGCACAAAUUGUUCUCGACAUCCCCGUAAAGAAGACUAUGAUUCCGCUCAACGUUACCCACACUGCGAUAGUGAGAGAUGACAUAAUGCGUCGUCUUCUUUCUUCAAGCACUGCUGCGUCAAGCACUGUGCUUCCAGCAGCAGACUCGAAGUUACGUCACAUGCUCUUCACCCUCAUCGGAUUCUUCGCGGAUUCGUACAAAUCCACAUUCGGAUUUAUUGACGGACCUCCACUACACGAUGCCUUAACGAUCGCCUACGUCGCACAGCCUGAACUGUUCACCUGCAAGAGAUAUAGGGUAGAUGUAGAACUCAACGGGGUUCAUACCGCAGGCGAGACAGUUGUAGAUGUGUGCAGUUACCGUCAGUGCGACGAUUCUUGGGGUCGAUCAGGCAAGAAUUGCAUUGUCGCAGAAGCUCUCAACGUCCAAGGGUUCUUCAAUCUCUUCCUAGAUUGUGUCGCCAGGUGUGAUGUCGUUUCACCUUUAAACCGAUAG